AUGAAGAGGAUGUUAGCAUCUAGCUCACCAGCCAUGGUGCUACUGUUUAUGGUCUUUGCUGUGCUUGUCAUGUUGCCGGAGGCCUCCGCGAAACGGUGGUUAGUAGGAGACAACAUGGGUUGGAACUCUAAUGUCAAUUACAGUAUUUGGGUGAAGGGAAAGCAUUUCUACAAUGGUGACUGGCUAUUUUUUGUGUACGAUAGGAACCAGAUAGAUGUACUAGAGGUGAACAAGAAAGACUAUGAAAAAUGCAAUUCUGAUCACCCUCUUCACAAUUGGACCACCGGUGCCGGAAGAGAUGAUGUUCCAUUAAACGUGACUCGAAACUACUACUUCAUCAGUGGCAAAGGAGGGUUCUGCUUUAAAGGCAUGAAGGUAGCUAUCCAUGUUGAGAACCUGCCAACUCCACCAAAGGAGGAUGACUCACAAAUGGCUGAUGCACCAACAUUACCCCCAGCAAUAGCUGAAGCACCAACACUGGCACAGCCCCCGGUAGAGAUCAGAGCACCAGCAUCAGCAUUACCCCCAACAAUAGCCAAGGCAACAAGUCCGCCACAGCCCCCAGCAGAGACUGGAGCACCAACAUUUUCCCCAGAAAGGGGUGGAGCACCAACAUUGUCCUCAAGAACCCAGGUUCUUCUCAUGGCUGUUGUCUUUGCCAUUGGGGCAACUUGGGAUACAUUCAUUCAUUUCUGUUAGAAAUAAAAUAAGUUGUCUUUCAUAAUGGUAAUUUUUGGCUUUCACGGGGAUAAUGGUUGUUGACCUCAAAAUAAAUGGUUCAUUAGUUGUUUCAUUGCUGAAAAUAUAU